GGCGCCAAGGGUCACUUUCGAGGGAGCGUCGCGCGCCCUCCCCUCGCUUUGACCUCUGCCUCUUUUUUUUUUUUUUUGGUUUAAAUUGGUCUCGUCCUCGCGAGACUCAGAUUUUAAACAAAGAAAAUAUUACGUGGGCCAUAAUCCUACGGAACUUUGGAAGCCAACUCGAUGGCAUCCUCUACUGCUGUACCUGUAGGUUUUCAUUAUGAAACAAAAUAUGUUGUCCUCAGUUAUUUGGGUCUCUUGUCACAGGAAAAGCCUCAGGAACAGCCAUCUCUGUCUAUUGAAGAACCAUCUGCAUUCUCACAAGCGGUAGAAAAAGAGAUCUUGGAAAAAGUUAAAGCCGAAAUUGAAGAAGAAUUGAAACAUCUUGAUGAAGAAAUUUUGGAAGCUUUCACUACAACUGGCUUUGACUGCCACACGUCUCCAGUAUUUAGUCCUGCAAACCCAGAGACUUCAAUUGAAGACUGCUUAGCUCACCUUGGAGAGAAGGUAUUCCAAGAAUUGAAAGAACCCCUUGAAAAGGCAUUAGAGAUUCUACUUAGCAAGCCAGUGAAUUAUCAGGAAUACAAAGAGAGGACGCAGGAAGCAGCAAGUCAUGCUAGUGGAUGGAGCAAGGUUUUAGUGCCCCUGGUGAUACUUCAGAAGUUCUUGGUAGAGCUGUCCAAACGGGGCCAAGAGCCACUUGGUGCACUUCUGAAUUUUGGAGUGAUCUACCUGGAAGAUUAUGUUGCAGAUUAUAUCAUCCAGCAAGGUGGAUGGGGAACCGUUUUUAGUUUGGAUUCUGAAGAGGAAGAGUUCCAUGGAAUCAUUGCUGAAGACAGCAAUGACAUCUACAUCCUAACUAGUGACAACUCAGGCCAGGUGAGCCCACCUGAGUCACCCACAGUAACAUCAUCUUGGCAAUCAGAGAGCUUACCCGUUUCUUUGUCAGCCAGCCAGAGCUGGCAUACAGAGAGCUUGCCAGUUUCAUUGGGGCCCGAGUCCUGGCAGCAAGUAGCUAUGGAUCCUGAAGAAGUGAAAAGCUUGGACAGCAAUGGAGGUGGUGAGGAAAGGAGUGAAAACAACUCUUCAAAUUCAGAUAUUGUACAUGUUGAAAAGGAAGAGAUACAAGAGAGUGUUGACGAGGCAGCAGUGUCAGCAGUGGGCCUGCACACAAGUGCUAAAAAAUUGAGCUUGCCAGCGGUCCCAGCUGCAUUGCUGAAAAUGGAGUCAGAGGCUGAAAGCUUGUUGAUUAAAAGACUAAGCCCUUCUGCACCUUUGCCCACUGAGGGUCACAAAGAGGGGAGCGUAGUGGAAUAUCCUGAACCUGAACCUCUGAUGUUGAGUAAAACUGCCAAACAACUAACUCCCUCAAGUGAAAAGGCUUCCCCCAUGCCUGAAAAAAUACAGCUACCAGAAGAAGAAGCAAAACUACCAAGAGAGAGCUAUUCUGAAGAAAAGUCUGCUGAUGGAGAGGAAAAACCCCUUCUUUUGCCAGAAGGCAAAUCCCUUCUGCUCUAUGGGGGGGCAGCUGCAGUAGCUAUCCUGGCUGUCGCAGUAGGUGUAGUGCUGACACUGAGGAAGAAGUAGUCACCUCUUCUCAUCAGAGAUACUGCUUGGAUUGGUUGCAUUGACUAAGGUUUGCUAUACCUCGUGUUAAUGAGAAAUCUGUGUAACGUGACAGGAAGGUGGGGCAUGAGUUUACUGCUAAUUCUAGGACAAUCAUGUUUUUAGUGGCCUGGGACUGGAUCUUCCUCUUUAAUUAUAGGGGUAAACUCCCUUGCACAUUUAAGUAUCUCAAUAUAUCUGAAGAAAUUGUGGGUGGGGAGGUUGCUUAUACACUGGAAAUCGGAUCAGGAAAUCCCAGGGUAAUGGAAAAAUUGUUAACCCUGGAGAAUUCCUUUAUGUAGCUGCUAUUGCAGCUUCUUUGUUCACCUCCACCUCUUGAAUGAGAGAUUCUCUAAUCAUGUAGCUUGAGGCUACUUCGUACCCUUUUGUCUCAGCUUCCUCAGGUACUGCAUUGCUCCCAAGUUUUAUGAUUAAACCCCUAAAGCUAUGAAAUGAAAGCCUUCCCAUGUAAGGAUGAAAGUAUAAUGCAUUUUGGAGAAAGGUAAUGUUGUUUUUCAUCAUUGUACAUUAGGCAUUUUUGUGAUCUGCUAUUGUUGUGUCUCUGUCCCUAUCCUUUCCCUAUCCCCUCAUUCAUCCAGCUUUAUCGUGUCAGUUUAGUUAUCAAAGAUACACUCCUUUCAUGUAAGUACCUAUCACCAUGUUGAUGAAUGCAAAAGAAGAAAAUACUUCCAUGCGAUGGGCAAACAAGUACAAGGCCUUGACCUGACAACCAUUAGUUU